GAGAUUUACGGAGAAGAUGUCGAAACAGAUUGGCCUCGUCGUGCAGCUGGCGAACAAGGCACCACGAAAAACAAGGAGGAAAAAACAACGACUCCGUAUGUGUUUGGAAAAGGAAUGAAAGAGAUGAUCCCGGCCUUUCUGCAGGUUUCCGGAUGUAACGAAUACCUCCGCUUGGAGACGGAGCGAAGUAAAUCUGAGCUGGACAAACUGAAGAAACUCGUAACCGAAGGUGGACUCUGUACGGUGUCUCUGUUGAAAAGUCGAUCAGAAAAGCAUUUGCGCGCUGAAGUUAAGCGAUCAAAGGCGCUUUACUACCAGCUCUUGAAGCGUAAAGAGGAUCAGGUGCGUGCAAACCUCGACUACUCAGAGGCACUCGCAACAUCAGAGACACUGCGUCUGAGCCAGGAGAACUUGAGACGCCACGAUGGCACCGGAGAAGGACCUGCAGCGCGAGCAGCUGGCGAAACACCCAGACGCAGCACAGCGAAGUUGGGCAAAGCAAAGUCCUCAUCAAGAAGAGGAAGUCGCGCAUCAUCUUCAACGCGCAAACAUAAAUCGCCAGCCUCUACAGCGGUGCCUUCGGACCACGGGGAUAUCAUGCUUCUAGCAAAUACUCCAUCGUCCUCUUAUAGCCUACACCCGGAGACGGCCGCAACACCACCUCCCUAUUAUGCAGGAGAC